AUGUCAGCGCCUGCGGGGCGGGCUGAGUCAGCGCAGCGCCCGCCCGCCCCGCAUUGUUGCCUCGCCGCCUGUUUGCUGCGCGCACCUGUCCCCACCCACCCGGGCGGGGCGCCCCGCGACGCGAGCGAGCGCACCUCCCUUGGCGGAGUCCCGCGGACGCCCCGUCCCGGCUGCGCGGCGAGAGCGAUCGAGCAACCGAGCGGGUAAGUGCUAAGCGCUUGGCUUUGGGCAUCUUUAUUUCACCAAAGUUUGGAUCCGUGGCUCUCCAGGUCCGGCGCGUAUUCGCCGUGGCGCGGAGAGGUUUGGCGCGGGCUUGGAAACGACGCGCGCCGCUUUGGAGCUGCUUGCUUCCGAGGAGCCUCGCCGAAUCCCGACGCCUGAUCUCCCCGCGCUCCUUUUCCUCCUGGCGAGCGAUCCAUCCGCGAGUGGCUUAAGCCGGAGGGCGCACGGCGGCUGGAACGCGCGCUCCAGGCUUUCCCACGUUAGCUCGCCCUGUUGGGGGCUUAAGCGGCUUUCGGAUUCCGAGGGCGUGGGUCACAGCUUCAGGAACGUGGAGACGGGUCCGCAAGCGGGUUAGACUGGAGGUUGGGCGCGUUUGGAAACUAUUUUAGCAAAACGUCUUCCCUGCGUUGCUCGGCGCUGUUUUUAACUCCCCAUCUAUGUUUAUUUAGCUCCCGAACGAUUUUUUCUACUUAUUUCUUGUCUGUCUCGGGCUGCAAAUUUGGCAGUCCAACACGCAUUUGUAUUCGGUACUUUGGGCUCCACUGUUUAUUUAGUCUUCCCAGUUCAGUGGGUGAGCAUCUGCCUGUGUCUUUAUACAUAAUCCGCCAACUGAAGAUGUAUAGGGUGAAAUUCUGUCCUCAGAAGGCUUGUGGCAGGAUAAACCUAUUGGUCUUUAACAAGCCACCUUUCUUUAAAAGGUGAAGGGGAAAAAAACAAUAGCAUCGUCCCAGCAUGCUGAAAUAUUGAAAUACGUAAUAAUUCCAGCCCCCUUUGGAUUAAAUGUACCUGAAUAGGUAGGUUUAAGUGAUUUCAGGUUUCUGUAUUCCUUGCGCUGGGUCAUUUCUGAGUUUGAUUCUAUGCAUGUUUACUCAGAAGUAAGCAUGAGGUCAGUGGGGCUUACUCCCAAGUGCGUGUGUAGGGUAGGGUUUGCAGUCCUGGUCAUGUCUGCUUGGGAAUAAGGCCCAGUGAAUCUGGUGGAAUUUUCUUCCGAGUAAAUGACUUUGGGAUUAGGGCAACAACUUUGGUGGAAUUAUGCCAGUUUGUAGGAUCAAAUUUGCUGAGUGCCCAGUGUGGCCAGCAUCCAAAGAAUCACACUGCUGUUUCCAAGGGAAGGGGUCAUGCAGACAAAUCUCACUGGAUGCUCCCUGGCGCAGUUGCCUCUGUUCCCUUCCCUGUAUCAAACUUUUGAUUGUAUGUUCCUUGGGGCGGGUACCUACCCUCUUAAGCCCUUGCAAAGCUCUAUGCACAUUGAGGGUGUUGUAUUAAAUGUAAUGAUGAUCAUGAUCAUGAGGACACUUGAGUUUGUGAAUUGUAGUACUGAGAUGUGCCAUUGUUGUGCAAACGAGGCCUGGAAAUGGAUGCUGUUGAACCCUGAAUUUAUUUGCCUCUUUCUCCCCUCCCCUCCCUCCCCCCUAAUCUUUCCUUGCCACAGGGGGCCAUUUAGGCAGACAAGGAAACUGCAUUUCCACCCUGGUGUUCUGCUCUUAAAAACAAUUAUUUCUUUAUACCCUCAUUUGAUUUCACUUGUGGCUCAAAAGGCAACCUUGAAAUUCUACAGUAAAUCAUCUUUGCUGAAUGUGAGAGAAUAACUGGAGAGGCUUUGCAAUAAUAUUCCUACUGUACAACAUGCUCUGGUCUUGCUGCGUAGAUCAGCCUUUUGCUUUGCCUCACCUUUUUUUGCAAUUGGGGGGGACAUCCUUGCCAGCUUUGGCCAGUUGACCUUGUUUGGAUUGCUUGACACCUUACGGGUAACAGGGCAAAAUUCAGCACAUACAUUAUUCUGUUUCGUUCACCAAUAGUUAGAAUUUUGCUGCUCUCAGAGUGGUUCAAAUGUAUCUGUGGCCCAUACAAUAUUCUUAUAAGGCAGGCCCAGCAACUGAUGUUUUGCCAGGUGCCUUUAGAAAAUGAAUUUGAUUGUGUGUCCGCAUUUGUUUGAUGUUUUAACCAUUUUACUGUAUGCUGUUGUGAAAUUUAUUUUGAGUUGGUAGUUUAUAUGCAUUCUUAGAAAUGGUCACACCAUAAUGCAGAUUUGCUACAUUCCUAUAAGUAACUAAAAACAAAAACAAACAAACCGCAUAAUGCAAAUGAGAUGGGUGGGCAGGCUGAGCAACGGAAAGCUAGUCUUGAAGGCCAGGUUGUCAGUUACUGGCUGAAGUGAGGCUUCCAGUGGGGAUUACCCUGGAGAGCAUCUCAGCUGCUACAGCUUCUGCUAGGUGAAGAAGGUUCCCAGUUUUAAUUCCUAGCAUCAUCACCAGCUUUAAUAGAGUUUGGGUGCUAGGCAGAGGCAUUUCCCAGACCCAAAACCAAGGACAGCUGCUUUCAGCUGGAUGGAUAAAUAAAUAGACUUGAGCCCCAUGCUUAUGUCUGCAGGGCCUUGUAGCUAAAUGGUAGAGAAUCUGCCUUGCAUGCCAAAGGUCUCAAGUUCAAUCCCCAACAUCUCCUGGUAGGGCUGGGAGAGGACCUGUAUCUGAAACCCUGGAGAGAUGCUUCUAGCCUAUUGUCCACACUAUGGAGCUAGAUAGAUUCAUGGCCUGACUUGGUAUCACUUAGACCACUUCUUGUGUUCUGACAUUUUGACCUGAGUUUCCACCUAGGAAUUAUUCUGCACCAGCUCUGUGUUGGGUUUGCUUUCAUAAAGAGUCCUUCUCCUGCCCCCCCCCCAUGUUAUUCCAAGAAAAUGAAGCCUGGAGAUGCAAGGAGGUAACGCGAGAUUUACUCCUGAGCCUGUGGGAAUUGGUGUAGAGCAGGUGCGAGGGAACCUUCGGCCCAUGGCGCAGAUGUGGCCCUCCAGACCUCUCUGUGUGGCCCCCCAGAGCUGCCUCGAAGCCCUGCCCCUUGCCCUCCUCCUCCAUUGCCUUGCCAGAAGGUGCUCUCGAGCCAGGAUAAUGCCUCUUGCUUGCCCAUGCGAAGAGAGGGGUUUGCGUGUAGAAAUCAUUGGCUUUUGCAUGGCUGGGAUUUGGUCUUGCUGUGCAAACUGAGAUUCCCGUCAAGUUGCUCUUUGCAGUUUAGCUCCUGGCCAUAUCUAUCCUUGGUUCUUGCCUUGCCGGUCAAUGGCAUGUGGCACCAGGAAAUGUGUCCCUCGGGCUGGGAACGUUUUGAGUUUCGUGGAAACUCCUGAUACAGAAUGGAAGUUCCCUUUCCUGGUGAAAAGUUUGAUGAAAUGCAGCAAGCUCGCGUGCUUUCUCAUUGCUUUGUUGGCCUGGCUUAGAAGAUCGCACCCUGUCCUUUUCAGACUAGACUUUCUCUUUUCCCUCUUGAAUUCCCAAAUCUGCGCUGCCAAGGUUGCUCAGACAGUGGUUACAAUCCUCUGUUGUGGGUGCUCACUCGUACUUUUGGCAAAACAAGCCCCGGUUUGUUUGUCAUUCAGCCGCUGAUUUAAUAUUUAACUCCGCGAUGUGUCUGCAUCGGCCCUUGGUACGUUAGGGAGAUUUUGGACAAAGGAAGCCUUUGCAAGGCUAAAUUUCCAGUAGCCCCCACCCCCAGCUGGCAAACAGUUAUCCUUGUUCGCCACCUCCGCCUAUCAUUUAAGGCUCUUUUCAUGCUGCUGGUGGCUCUUUUGGGCAGAGCCCAGCCGUCCACCCCUGUUUACCCUCUGGGCCCAACCCCUCUCUUGGAAUUUCACAGACCACAGCUUUGGAGAGAGAAAUGCUUAACUCCUGGAAUCCCGGAAAAGGUCUAGCGCUCACCCUUGAAUGAGCAGCAGGGGUUGCAGAAGAUACCUCUUAACCUUAGCAGACAUGUGUUUCCAAACCUGAGAUAAUGGAAAAUUGGGGGCAGGGGACGUAUAGGAGAGCAUCUGUAGGCAGAAGGGGUGCUUAACCCUUUCCGUGCCUGCGAGGUCGCUCCUGCAAAAAACACCCCUCCAAAACUGCUCCCUCAGGUGAGUUUUUCCUUUUGGAGCCCUGCUGAGACAAAUGGGCUACAAAUGGCCAGGAUUGGGGGUAUUUUCAAGGAGAAUGACCAAGGAACUCUUACUUCCUAGAAGCUGGGAGCCUCACUUCAUAAGCAGGUAGUUUUGAUUUUAGGAUGCUUUCAGGAGGUGAGUGUUGCUAAAGUGACAACUGUAAUGAUGUUAGCAAGUUGCCUGGGAUUGAAGGAAGACAUUUGCCCUUAUUUAUCCCUUCAUUCUUAUCUGUUUCUUCCCCGAGUGGCAAUUGCUCUUGCUUCAUAGGACACAGUGUGAAAGGUUUAGGGCACCAGUGGGGAACCUGUGGCUUUCCAGACAUUGCUGGAUUCGAAUCAUCCUUGACCAUGCUAGCGGAGGCUGAUGGGAAUCGGAGUCCAGCAGGGGGUUGGACUAGAUGACCCCCAGGGUCCCUUCCAGCUUUACAUUUCCAUCUGGAGGGCCACAGCUUCCUUGCCCCUGGUUUAACACCAUACCCUGCAAUGCUUCCUACAUUUGGCAUUUUGCCUCUAAAUGAGCUUGGAUAUAAGAUAACGUAGAGCACCAGCUAUAUAUAGAUCUAACCCUUGGGUCCCUACAGCUUUACAGAGGCAGCCUACUUCAGAGUAGGUUUGUCACUAAAUCUGAUCUGUAGCUCUAAAUCUUCUCUGUCCCCUCCCUAAGGUGACAUGGCUCACUUUCUUAUCUGAGUUUGUUUUGCUGAAACCUGUGUCUUGCCCUUUUAAUCUUCUCCCCACCCCAAUGCUCUCUCUUUUAUUUUUAAAUAUAAAACAUUGCCAUUUUAAAUGCUGCUGCUUGUCAAAGAUUUCACUUUAUCCUGAUGGCCAUUUGCAGUGCGCUGUUUGUUUCUAUUCUGUAGGCUAAUGUUUUGGGUGGUGGUUGGGAGUAUUUUGGGUUAGUGCCAAUUUUUAAAAAAUAAAUAAAUUUGGCACAAUCCUGUGCAGGUCUAUUUCCUUCUGCUAGAGAGAGAGAGAGAGUGUGUAGGAUAGGAUUGCAUCUCUGGUGAACAGUCAAAACUGCCUGUGUUUACACAUCACAGUAAACCACCGUUAAUAGUUUGCUAUGAAUGUUCAGGUGGCUCCUCUCUGGUGUGAGUAACAGAUCGCAACCCCUGACUUAGCAGUUUUGUGUCCGCUCAGGGGACCGAUAAUUGUUUUAUGCUCCAAACAAACCACAAUGUGAAGCCAAGGUUUAUUCUUGGCUUAUCAGAGUUUGUUUGAGUGACACAAACCAGGAUCCUCUGUUCAGAUGUAAUGCUAAACCAAGCAUUGUGGUUUCUUGCUCCCAUUUAAGCUCGGGGAGGAGUGAAGCAUGGAAAAUCUUUACCUAUUGUCUCCCCCUCUCUCCUUUUUAACCCCCCCCCAGCAAUUCAGAAUUUUUAAAAAUUGUAACUGAUGGAAUGGAUGCAGACGCGUAAGGAACCAAAAGAGAUGCAGUCUGCUGAGCAGAACUAGGAAUAUUCCAAGUGCUGAGAGUUGAGGUCAAGUUUUGUGGGGGGUUUUUGGUGGGGGCAAGGGAUUGUGCUAGGAAUUAUUUCCCAGCCUUCCCAAUAAAACUGCAACAAGGUUGGGGCCACAAAUCCCUGAUGCGGACAGGGUUGCUGGCUUUCCAUUUCCUAACAAGUCUCCUGCCAGACGAGGAAUUCUGUACUGCUUAGAAGUUUGCUCCCCUGCCAGCAUUUUUGUGUUGGUAAAAACUAUUAUCUCAGCGCAUUCCCAACUCUCCCCACCCCCUUUUAAAACCAUGUUUUGAUUUAAACUGAUUCGAAUAGUUCCUCAAUUUUAAAAAUAGACAUCGUCGUAAUUCAGUGUGCACAGCACUAAAGGCAGCCACAUGAGAAGGUUUAAAUCGGUUUGUUUGGAGAGUUUAUCUCACGCAGGUCUCUGUUACUUAUGGUGCGGUCACACCCAGACAUUGCUUGCUUCGGGAUAAGGUUGCCAGGCUGCAGUUUGGAGACUUUGGCACUUAUUUUAAAAUUGCUUGUAAAUUCAGAGAUGAGGCACCUAUGGCAUUCCUUUCUUGUUGCUAUCUUCUUCCUAUCUCAUCCUGCCCUGCUGCCUGUACUUUUUAUCUCUUGGCUCCAUUUUCUGCCAGCUGAAGGAAGCAGGACCCAGCUGCCCUGCAUAUCAGGUGGGAAAGAAGGCAGGUGAAAGGAUUGGGGGGGGCAGCGGAGAGAGAGAGACCUUUGCGCACGAAGUAGAUGCUCUACAGCUGACUUACAGCCCUUCCCUUGAAUAGUUUGCUUGGGUGUCUUCUGGUGUCUUGCAUAUUUCUGUGUCCAGUAUGCUAUGUGAGCAGCUAAUCCACCUUGAUGCUGUCACCGAAGUGCGUAUCAAAAGAGUCUGCUUGUUUUCAAGUGCAAUUGGCGUUUAAACUUGGCUGUGUCUUGUAAACUGCAACAUUUGAGGUAACCUGUAUGAGAUCUGCAAUACAUAGGUUUACAAAUGUGGUCCGGCAAGGUCUUCAAUAGAGACCCUGCUCCGGGUUCCGCCAUCUCGUUGAAGGUAAAAUAUGGUAGCAGGUUCUUUCUGGUGGUGGCCCCCUCCGGGUUAUUUUCUGUCUGCCUUUCAGGCGCUGCCAGAGCGACAAAUGUGAAUUCUGCACACUCCCACUCCCCCCUCCCUCUACCUAAGCAAGCAAGGAAGACUUGUGAGAGUUCAAAGACACCUUUCAGACAGGCGAGGAUGGUGCAGAGACUCCAAAGUGCUUAGAGAGGUCUGGAUUUGGGCCCUGGGCCUGAUAUUACCCAUCCCUCAUUUAAGACCUCCAUAGCUCAGUUGGUAGAGCAUGAGACUCUUAAUCUCAGGGUUGUGGGUUCGAGUCCUACGUUGGGCAAAAUGUUCCUUCAUUGCAGGGGGGUUGAGCUAGACGACCCUCAGGGUCCCUUCCAACUCUGUCAGUCUAUGAAAUGGUAAGCUGUUUGUGUUUUUCCUAGUCAGGAUGAGCAACCUGUGGCCUUCCAGUUUUUUUUUUUACUUUCUUAUUUAUUUAUUUAUUUAUUUAUUUAUUUGUUGGUUUUCACAUAUUACAUUACAAUACAAAUGUACCAAAGCCAACACCAUUUCCUCCCCAUCCCCCCAUACAUUUAUAUUUCCUCAAUCCAUCAUAUUAUUCUUUCCUCCCUCUUCCCACUUCCCUCCACCCCCAUUCGAUUUCCUCCACAUUAUACAAUUUACAAUAAUCUUUGCCUUCUACAGUCUUCUCAAGUCAUCUAUAUAUUCUUAUUAUCUUUCCUUACUAAGUUUUCUUCCAUGCAGUACUUCGCAUUGUAAUCUAGGCAUAUUAGCAUAUCUUUCUUUGAGCAAUAUUUUGCCGUAUAUUCAUCAAAACAUUUCCACUUCUUUUUUAAAUUUUUGAUUCGACUGAUUUCUUAUUAUAGCAGUUAAUUUUUGCCAAAAUUAAAUAUUCAUUUAGUUUACAAAUCCAUUCCUCCUUUGUUGGUAUAGUUUGUGACUUCCACCUAGCAGCAAUACUAUUCUAGCAACUGUAUCAGAUACCAUGGGGGGGGGAUUUUCCUAUAUACAAGCACAGCUACAGUGGCCUUCCAGUUGUUGUUGGACUGCAACUCCCAUCAUGCUGGCCGUUCACCGUGCUGGUUGUUGCUGAUGGGAGUUGGAGUCGAGCAAAAUCUGGAGGGCCACAGUUCCUCCAUUCCUGAUUUGCAUGAACAUAGGUCUUGUGAAUUCAGCAGGAGUAUCUUGGGCUUGCUGAUUAGAAGGUUGGCGGUUCAAAUCACUGCGACGGGGUGAGCUCCCGUUGCUCGGUCCCAGCUCCUGCCAACCUAGCAGUUCGAAAGCACACUUGUGCAAGUAGAUAAAUAGGUACCGCUCCGGUGGGAAGGUAAACGGCGUUUCUGUGCGCUGCUCUGGUUCGCCAGAAGUGGCUUAGUCAUGCUGGCCACAUGACCUGGAAGCUGUACGCUGGCUCCCUUGGCCAGUAAAGCGAGAUGAGCGCCGUAAUCCCAGAGUUGUCCGUGACUGGACCUAAUGGUCAGGGGUCCCUUUACCUUUAUCUGCCCCUACUGCACUGCAGGGGGUUAGACUAGAUAACUCUUAGCGUCCCUUCCAACUAUGCAAUUCUAUGAUUCUAUGAAAAGGAGUUCAGAAAUCUUUUCAAUAAUAGCCACCACCCUUCCACUGGCUGUGGAACACCCCCCUCCCAAGAAGGCCCCCUGAUAUUUAAUCUGUUGUCUUUCUAGCACCAUAUGAAGCCUUUUUAAAAACUCCCCCUGGCCUUGAAAAAAUCAUUUCUCUUGGCGUUCUUCACUGCAUUUUGCUGUGAUUUCUAGGAUGUGGUUUGUAUCUCCACGAAGACAUUUUUUGUGGCACGCUCUAAUUGCAUGACUGCGGCUGAACUUGUGUGCGCUGCUGCUCCGAUAAGGUUGUUCCUGUUUCAGGGGAUUUUUGUGUUGCUUGUUUUAUCGGCUCUGCAAGUUUUGAUCUGUUUGCGGUUGUUCCUCGCCUGGGGAACCCAGCUCCUGGAGUGGCAGUACGAAAACAUUCGCAAAACGGCUGCUCCUCUCUCUCAAACGAAACAGAAUGGCAAGGCAGGUGGUUUGAGGUCGCUCAGGCUUCCUUUGGCUUCUUGGGUACCGUUAAGCUGCCUUAAGACCGCCAGCUUCCUAGAAUGCCUUGUAUCCAUAUUCUGUCAAAAGCUGGCUCUUGUUCAGCCACGAUUUCCCCCCUGCGAAGGUUAAAGCAGGCAAUGUAAUUGUUAACCGUGUUCUGAAAAGUAGGGUGGAUAAUGGCAUGUUUCGUUUCUUUCUUUUUUUAAAAUAAUUUUUUUAUUAGAUUUUUCACAGUGAUAACACAAACCACAAAGCAAAAUGAUACACAAAAACAGAAAAAGAAAAAGGAAGAAAGAAAGGGGGGGGGACACAAUAAACAGAUAAACAAUAACAACAAACUUAAUUCUUCACAAAUCCAACCUUUUAAACAUCUUGGUUGACUUCCUCAAAUCCCUCCCUUCUGAGUUUCCUUGUAAUUAAAAGUAACAGCUUUCCAAUAUCAUUAUUAAACUAAAACAAUUUCCAAUUAUAGUCCAUCUUAUUCACUUUUCUUAACAUUCUAAAUCCCAUUUAUUUGAUUAUAUCUUAAUUUAAUCCUAGGCCUAUUUGUUUCUUUCAAGUAAUUUCUAAUUUUUUAUAUUACAAUAUUUAUUGUAAUAUAAAUAUUGUAAUAUAUUUAUGUUUCGUUUCUGCCUGUUCUUCAUCCCUGCAACACCAGCAUCUUAUUUAGGGUCGAGGUGCAGUUCAGGCACUAACUUCUAAGUUCCAAUAGACUUAAAAACGUAAGAGGAGCCUAUUGAGUCCAGUAUCCUGUUCUCUCAGUGGCCAGGCAGAUGCCCAUGGGAAUUCCCCAGUCCAGGACCUGCGCACAGCGCCAUUCUCCCUUCUUACAGUCUUCGGCAGCUGGUGUUGAGAAGCAGUGUUCGAAAUUAGCCAGGAGCCAGGUGCAUUUUGCUUCUGGUGCGGGUCCAGUUGCAACUACAGUGGUACCUUGGGUUAAGUACUUAAUUUGUUCCGGAGGUCCGUUCUUAACCUGAAACUGUGCUUAACCUGAAGCACCACUUUAGCUAAUGGGGCCUCCUGCUGCCACCACACAAUUUCUGUUCUCAUGCUGUGGUAAAGUUCUUAACCCAAGGUACUAUUUCUGGGUUAGCGGAGUCUGUAACCUGAAGCGUCUGUAACCUGAAGCAUAUGUAACCCGAGGUACCACUGUACGUGGAGAUUUCUGGCCUCCAGAUUGGUGGCUGCAGUUUAAAAGCCUCUGCCUUAUUCCAGAGUACAGUGGACAUGAUCCGUGCGGGAUGCACGUUCGCAACCCGCAGCGGCGCGUCUGCGCAUGCACGGCCGCCAAAACCCGGAAGUAACCCGUUCCGGUACUUCCAAGUUUCGGCAGUCCAUAACCCAAAAAAACACAACCUCUGUAACCCGAGGUAUGACUGUAAAUACCAUUUCCCUUGUGUGUGUUUCUCCUCCUUGCAUGCUGGGACAAGUGAAUUGUUGUAAGAGGAAGCUACAGUCAAGCAAUGAGGUCACAGAAUCCUAGAAUUGUAGCGUGGGAAGGGACUACGAGGGCCAUCUAGUCCAACCCCCCUGGCGAAUAGACAUUCCGUUGUAGGUUUAAGCUGCCAUUUGGCACGUAGUUCAUAUAUCUGAGUUUCUAACACUGUUGGUAACUGACAUCUCCAUCUGGCUGCCCCCUCCAGCUCUCCUAAGCAGGUCAGCAGAACAGCUUAUUUAUUGCAUUUCUUUUCCACUUUUUCCUCCCUGAAGUCCACGGUUCACAUCCCUCCUCAGUUAAUCUCUACAACGACCCUGUGAGGUAGGUUAAGAGGCUGUGACUAUGAAGGUCACCCUUCAUGACUAAGUGGGGAUUUGAACCCUGACCUCCCAGGCCCUAGUCCAACACGCUAACCACUACACUAGCUUCCUAGCCAGUACUUCUGCUAUGGGACAGCUCUAUAAAUUAAGUCAGUGAAUAAAUAUGGGGAAAGCAAAAUGUCACUUAGAGAAGGAUCUGAAAUACUUUCCUAGAAGCCUUGAUUUGUUUUGCUCUGGAUUGUUUGAUUUGAUGUGGCGUUGUGGGUUAAACCACAGAGCCUAGGACUUGCCGAUCAGAAGGUCGGCGGUUCGAAUCCCCGUGACAGGGUGAGCUCCCGUUGCUCGGUCCCUGCUCCUGCCAACCUAGCAGUUCGAAAGCACGUCAAAGUGCAAGUAGAUAAAUCGGUACCGCUCCGGCGGGAAGGUAAACGGCAUUUCCGUGCGCUGCUCUGGUUCGCCAGAAGCGGCUUAGUCAUGCUGGCCACAUAACCCGGAAGCUGUACACUGGCUCCCUCAGCCAAUAAAGUGAGAUGAGCGCCGCAACCCCAGAGUCGGCCACAACUGGACCUAAUGGUCAGGGGUCCCUUUACCUUUAACGUUUUAUAAACUGCCAUCAGAUUUUUUUCUCUUUAAAAUGUAAAGUGGUAUACAUAUGAAAUAAAAAAUAACAACAACAACAAUAAUAAGAAACCUCACUGGGGUGGGGAAUGGCCCCAGACAUACCAUUGUCGCAACCGCAACUCAGGUUUAAGGCAAUUAGUUUAUAUGUCUGAAUUUCUGACGCCGUUAGAAAGCAUUGCCUCUCAGCUGUGGAGGUUUUCAAGGCAAUUAUACUGUAACCUUCCUUGGUCUGUGUCCAGCUGAAAAUCAAUGUAAAUGGAGAUAUUUUAGAAUCAAAUGGAAUUAUCUGAUCGCCGUUAAAAUCCUUAGAUGACAGGCCGUGCAGAAUCUGGUUUAAUUAGCUGGCAGUGGGAUGAGGAUGAAAAUUAAAAGGCUAGAUAAUGUAGAAACAAUUAAAUAGGGGAUUUGUUCAGCACACAUUGCCAGGUCCGGAAGACCUCAGUGAGGGAAGCAUAGGUCCUGUCUGCUUCCCAGACCAUAGAUCUGAGCAAUCAAAACACAUUACCUUAACAAGCAAAGGAGUCAGGAGUGUACAGCGGUGCUUAGCCGAGUUUCCUGGUGCCUAACUAAGUUCUUGAAAAGCCUGCCUUUAAUUGCUACCAGACUUUUUUUGGAACCUUCGGAGUGAAUAUUAAAUGCAGCAAGAAGAAAUGGUGUCAUGGAAUGGAAUAUUUUUAGGAAGGAGGGAGAACAGGCUUAAAGCGUACCAUUUGCGAUGCUCCCAAGUGGAUGUGUUUGUCGGAGUCCUUAGCUGGCAAAGUGACCCUCAGUCACAGGGCAGUAAUUCCUCCAGGAUUUUAAAAAACUCCUUCCCAACCCAGAGAUUGCGGGGCCUGGAAUUGGGCAGCUACGGGGAGCCAUCCCAUUGGUCCUUGUCCCUGUAAAAACACUGGACUUGCCUCUGGAAAACGUGUUUCGGGAGCUUGUUGGACAAGAUUUGCUUCUCCAAGGCUAUUGCCAGUCUCCUUAAGAUUCCAGGAUUUCUGCAGUAUCUGUGACACUCUCUGCUGUCCGGUUCUUACCUGCCAGCCUCCUGCUGACUGUUUGCCGGUGCCUGCCUGGGUCAUUCUGCUUCUCAGCACCUCAGAAUUAACCUCUUCCUCGAUUUGUUUUCCCCAUGGGCUUCUCUGUUGAACUGCUUGCAUCUUGGACCAUAUGCGAGUCUUAUUACGUACACAGGGGACUCAGCUACAUUAGUCAAGAAAGAGUGUUUUGAAUUCAUUAUAAAAAUGCAACACCAGAUGGCGCUGGGGAGCAAACAAAAAAUCUAAGUGAUUUUCCAUAGCGUUUUUUUAUUUUGUUAUAACGACUUAAUUUCUGACUUAUUCAUAGUGUUUUUUUAUCCCUGUGUGUAGAUCCACCCUAAGUGCUGCCGUCCUGACUGAGCCAUGCCUCUGAAAGAUGCUGGGGCUGUUGUGAAUUUCUGGGGGGAGAGCAGAGCCAUAGUUGCAGCAUAGAUAUGCACACUUUUGGUUUUGUGGUCUCCAUUUUGGUGAAUUGAAAAGCAGGGUGGCCACUUAUCUUGCCUAAUAGAGGUCAUGCCACUGUUCAAAGGCAUCCUAUAUUUGAAGGACUGUCUGGUCCACGUCUGUUGUUCUUGGCAUCCAUCCAUCUCGGGAGACAAUGGAGUGCACCUCUGGGGGUGAAGUCAAAUUUCACUAAAUAGACCUGUAUGUAUGUAUGUGUGUAUGGAGGUCCUGGGCUGCCCAUAAGACAAGACCCCUCUCUCGGCCUCACUGAUGGGGUCCAAAGGAAAGCAGAGCAAGACGUUUGGCACCAAAAGAAGAUUGGCUGAAUAAAUUAUGCAAAUACUUGGAAUUAGCAAAGUUGACUGAUUUGAUAAGACAAAAACCAAAAAAUAUAAUCCAGAAACAAUGGAAAUGUUUAAAUGAUUAUUUAUGUAGACAAACCUUAAAUGUAAGGUAUUGGUUGUGUUUAGAAUAGAUUUAAGAAAACUUAUUGAUUAGAAUAUUUGUGUGAGAUUGUAUGGGAAAAAUACGGAAUAUAACAGAUACAAUCUUGCUUAAAAUGUAUAUAGGAAGUGCAGUGUAAGCGACGGAAGUCAAUCAAUGAAAUCUUAUUAUUGCGAUAUUUGUAGGAUAAAUUUGGAAUAAAUUCUUCCAACUUUUCUUCUUCUUUUUCUCUUUAUUUUUUCUUUUUCUUUUUUCUUUUCUUCCUUUUUUCUCUUUUGUUCUUUUUUUAUAUGUGUGUGCUUAUCUAAAAUAUAUAUGUAUGUAUAUAUAUAUAAAAGACGUAUUUGAAAUAUUUUGCUUAUAUUUUGUAAUAAUUAUGUUAAAUAAAUUAAUUUUUUAAAAAAAACAAAUUGUAAAAAAAAAAAGACGUUUGGCACAGGAGUUGCCGGAAGGAGGUGUACAAGGCACCAUCCAACUGCCUUAGGGACUCCGCUCCAGAUUUGUGUAGGGUUUAUACUCCUUAGCCUUUUCUUCUCCUGAAGAAGAUAUUGGUAUCCCAAAAGGAAGCCAAUAUACUUGUUAGAGCGAGACGUUACAGGAAAACCACUUUGUGCCUUUCUGAAGAACUACAACUCCAGUUAGUUCUAGGAAAUUUACCGUAUUGAGAAACAUCGCUCAGAGAUCUCUGCCCCACCUAAGGUGAAAGAGUUGAGCUUAGUUCCUGAAAUAAUUUCUGCCAGGUAAAACACCUGUCGAGAGGAUAAACAAGAUGAACUGACAAGGUGCAAAAUUGUAGCCUGUGCCAAGCUUUGACCUUUGACUGACUCGGGGAGGGGUGACACCCCCCAGUUUCACACCAAAGGCUACAUUGGCAGCUGGUCCACAGCCUGAAGGCCUGAAUGAGUUGGCAGCUCACCUGUAAUUAACAUACUAUGCAUGCCACAGGUAUGAGCCCGGUGGAUGUUAAGCUAGGGAUGUAGUCCUGCGACUGUGUGUUUGUGUAUGUUUAGAACAAUUAGCCCCAAAUACACAAGACAGUGUGUUAGCUCUCAGAGCACACGUGGAAAAUAUGAUUUAUUUAUUUUUAAAGAUGGGGCCUUGCUGCUGGCACUCAGUUACCUAGGGCUGCCAUAUUCCCCAAAGUGAAAAUCCCCUGCCAUGUGCCCGUGUUCCCCCCGGACAUUUUGCCGAUUUAGCAAAAAUCCGCCCCAACGUCAUUCUGCUGCCCAAUUCCCGGACAUAUGGCAGCUCUCCUGCUUAUUAUGACUGGCAGAGACGACCAAACGACAACUGCGAUUCCCUUUAAGAAUAAGUGUUCCUUCAGAUGGAUGGUUUGUUUUUGACAGGUAUAUUCUGCAUCCUGUAACUGACCCAAUAAUAGUUUCAGUGGUGGAUUCAAACUGGGCUAUCUACACAUGAUUCUGCAUUAUUAGCUGUAAUAAUAAUAAUAAUAAUAAUAAUAAUUAAUGCUGCCAUAUUAUUGCUGUUCUGAUGGACACUCUUGUGCUAUAGCAGGGGUGUAUAUGUCUGAUAUGUGAUAAUGUUUGUGAUAGAAAAAGUAGCAGGAUUUCAGCAGAAAGCUAUGGGUCACACACAGUGUUAGAAACUCAGAUAUAUAAUCUAAUUGCCAAGUUAUGGCGACCACAAUGGAAUGUCCAGGUGCCUUUUUUUUUACCAAUGGAAUUAUUAUUAUUAUUAGUAGUAGUAGUAGUAGUAGUAGUAGUAGUAGUAUUUCUAAUUCCAUUUCUCAAAGUGGUUUCCAACACAUUAAAAUAUCAAAUAAACCAAUCCAGAAUAAAAACAAAUUUAGGCUUCAAGGAAAAUAUUUCAGAUCCUUCUCUAAGUGACCUUUUGCUUUCCCAAGUCACUAUCCUGGCAUCCAGAGAUUUCCACGUGGUCGCAGUUGGACCCAUGCCAGGCGGAAAAUGCACCUGUGGAAUUUCCAUCACUGGUCACACGAAGGCGGGAAAGCUUUAGCUGUGACCCCUGCAUUGCAGGGGGCUGGACUAGAUGGCCUUUGGGGUUCCUUCCAACUCUAUCGUUCUAUGAUCCUACAAAAUAAAAGCAGUAUGACAUUGUGUAGCAGUGUGUAGCUAGCUACAGGCCUGUGUACAGCUUGCUUACUCAAGAGUGCUUCUCUCAACACUAAGCUAUGCCUGGAAAUCCAGAAAGACCAGAAACCAGAGCAAAUUGAAUUUGGUCAUCAUAACUAGUGUUGCGAGCAUUUUCCAGACUGCUGUCCGAUUUCCUGGACUGGCACAAUUGGGGGUAAAGAUAAAGGACCCCUAACAGUUAAAUCCAGUCGCGAACGACUCUGCAGUUGCAGCACUCACCUCGCUUUACUGGCCGAGAGAGCCGGCGUUUGUCCGCAGACAGUUUUUCCGGGUCAUGUGGCCAGCAUGACUAAGCCGCUUCUGGCGAAACCAGAGCAGCGCACGGAAAUGCCGUUUACCUUCCUGCCGGAGCGGUACCUAUUUAUCUACUUGCACUUUGACGUGCUUUCGAACUGCUAGGUUGGCAGGAGCUGGGACCGAGCAACGGGAGCUCACUCCGUCGCGGGAAUUCGAACCGCCGACCUUCCGAUCGGCAAGCCCAAGAGGCUCAUUGGUUUAGACCACAGCGCCACCUGUGUCCCAUGGCACGCUUGGGGAGUAAACCCCAAAUAACUCGAUAGGCCUUGUCUGUCAAUAAUCACACUCGUGGAACUGAGUCAGAUCUUAGAGCUUUGCAGCCAAAAGGCUGGAGAGAAAAUAGGUCAUAUGGUCUGCACGGCAGCAUGAUGCUGAAAAGAUACAGGCAACCAUGGAUAAUUGCAUGCAAUGGCAGAGUGCGCACAAACCCAUUACGCACCUGCCCCCCUUUCCUGCCACUGCCAGGUCGCUGCGAUGCAAUCUGUUGCUGUUGCACAUCAAUUGUGGACACCUAUACAUUGUUUUUUUCCUAUAGCUUUAAAGAUGAGCCUGCAGCCACCCAGAUAUUGCUGAGCUUCAACUCCCAUCGUCCCUGACCAUUGGUCAUCCUGGCUGGGGCUGAUGGGAGUUGGAGUCCAGCAACAUCUGGAGGGGACGCGGGUGGUGCUGUGGGUUAAACCACAGAGCCUAGGACUUGCCGAUCAGAAGGUUGGCGGUUCGAAUCCCCGCGACGGGGUGAGCUCCCGUUGCUCGGUCCCUGCUCCUGCCAACCUAGCAGUUCAAAAGCACGUCAAAGUGCAAGUAGAUAAAUAGGUACCGCUCCAGUGGGAAGGUAAACGGCGUUUCCGUGCACUGCACUGGUUCGCUAGAAGCGGCUUAGUCCUGCUGGCCACAUGACCCGGAAGCUGUAUGCUGGCUCCCUCGGCCAGUAAAGCGAGAUGAGCGCCGCAACCCCAGAGUCGGUCACGACUGGACCUAAUGGUCAGGCGUCCCUUUACCUUUACCUAACAUCUGAAGGGUCUUGAGUUAAGAUGCCUCCCUGCAUCCUUAGGUGUUACCACCACACCUUAAGGACCUGCCUGGUUUAACAAUUAUUCUCUCUCACCAGAGAAUCCUGGAAACUGUAGUUCCAUGAGGGGUGCUUUGGAUCCCUUAUCCUUGGUGCAUUCCCCAAGCUAUAAUUCCCAACAUUUUUUGGGAUAAGCCACAACAGCAAUUGUUGGGGCAGAUGAGGCCCCAAGAAUGAAUAUUGGGCCACAAUGAAAGACAAGAAGGUGGCCCUGUUCCCUGUUCCAAGUGACAUAACAUGCCGGAUUAGACCAAAAGGUCUUUCUAGUCUAGAAUCCUGCUUCCCACAGUUAUAAAACGUUCAUUUUUGCUGACAUCUUUCUGUGUGUACCGCUGUCAUUCUGGAAUAGUCCUGUCCUUGUAAUGUUGAUCAAUGUCUUUCUUUCUUAAAAACAAAAACACACCCAAAAACAUUUCCCACCAAACUAGAAUCUAUUUUUAAAUGUACUCAGCGAUAUUUGUUUCACUGAAGCCUAUGUUGCUUAUCUUAAAUCUUUGGAUGAGUUCCCGUUUGGAAGAACCGAUCUUGCUGCCGUUAAAGCCAGGGCUUGAAUCAAAAGGGUCCCCCCUCAAAAAAAAGGAAAAAGGGGGUGGGUGGGUGGGGAGUCCAUGUCCUUUCAAUAAGCACAAUGCUCAGCUGACCACCUUCCGAUUUUGCCUUUUUUUCAGCUUCAACAUUCAGUGUUGCCUUGCCUUAAAAUAGGCUUGGGAGUAACUUGCUGAUUCAGCAAAGCUCUUAAUGCCAGUUUCCUGGAAGGCGCAACAAGCUGUUUUAUGAGAAAUUGCAUCUUGGCCGGAGCAAAAUGUCAUUUAUUGCUAGAUUUGCUUGCCUUGGAUGGCAGGCCCUUUGGGGACAGAACAAUCAACAUCUAGGGUGUGUGGGAAAUGCUCUUGGCUGUCCUGAGCCCAUGGGGAAGAGCGGGAUGUGAAAUACGUUAAUGGAAGGUUAAAAGGAGCUGAACAGUAAUCUUUCAUUUAUUUAAUACAUCCACACUUUGCCUUACCUGCAAGGAGCUCAAGAGCCGGGUGUACCUUCUUCUCUUCCCCUCUCCAUUUUAACCUCACAACACCCCUGGGAGAGGUAGGCGAGGCUGAGAGUGAGUGAUUGGCCCAAGGCCACCAGUUGAGUUUCAUGGCUGAACUCGAACCCAGGACUCUUGAGAUUAAAGAGUCUUGUGCUCUACCGGCUUAGGUGAUUUCUGCUUCAUGUAGCUUCUUGUACUUUUUUAAAAUUGUAUUGUUUCACAGGUAAUGCAUUCUAAUGCAUUGCUCCAUUCAAGAGAGCUCCUAGCCAGGAAUUUUGUGUCUGUGCGAGAGAAAAGAUGGCCUUGAAUCUUAGAAUCGUAGAGUUGGAGGAAGGGACCCACAAAGGUCUUCUAGUCCAACCCCUUGGCAUGCAGGUGUCUUUUUUUAAAAAACAAUUUUCAGAUUUUGAAAUUUACAAUCGUCAAACAAUCAAAACAAAAAGAGAAUUCCAUAAAUUCCCAUUGACUUCCCUCCUCCCCUUUGUGGGUCCUUAUGUUAUCUUUUUUCCUCCUGCAUCUUCUCUAUUAAUCCAGUUCUAUUAAAUCACCAUUACAACCAUAGUCCAACAUUCAACUACAAGUACCAUUCCGACCCUACUAAUAAUUUUAAUUGCUUGCAAGAUUUUUAAGGGAAAUUAUAUAUCUUCCCCGUUCCUUCUUAAAAUUUUUGGUCUUCCUGAUUCCUAAUUCUUCCGGUCAUUUUUGCCAUUUCAGCUUAGUCCCAUCUGUUUAAUCUGCCAUUCUUCUCUGGUAGGGAGCCACGCAGACAUCUUUAGCCCAAUGUGGGGCUCGAACCCACAGCCUUGACAUGAAGAGCCUCGUGCUCUACUGACUGAGCCAUCCCUUGGGUAUGGUCCUUGAAUGUGGCUGUAAAUGGGCUUAAGAUCCCGAACCCUCUUAGCCGUGAGUGGCACGGUGGAGUGAGCAUGGCUGAGUUGUGAGUAGCUACAGGGUGGAUGGAUGCGGGUGGCGCUGUGGGUUAAACCACAGAGCCUAGGACUUGCCGAUCAGAAGGUUGGCGGUUCGAAUCCCUGCGACGGUGUGAGCUCCCGUUGCUCGGUCCCGGCUCCUGCCAACCUAGCAGUUCGAAAGCACGUCAAAGUGCAAGUAGAUAAAUAGGUACCACUCUGGCGGGAAGGUAAACGGCGUUUCCGUGCGCUGCUCUGGUUCGCCAGAAGCAGCUUAGUCAUGCUGGCCACAUGACCCGGAAGCUGUCUGCGGACAAACGCCAGGUCCCUCGGCCUAUAGAGCGAGAUGAGCGCGCAACCCCAGAGUCGGCCACGACUGGACCUAAUGGUCAGGGCUCCCUUUACCUUUACAGGGUGGGUGGUUGGAGUGCCGAAGCAAAGCCUGUUGCUUCAAGUGCUGGGUUAGUGUGGGGCAAAGUGACCCACUUCCCCUGCCCCACAAACCUCACAGCAGGGCCCCUGUCUUCCCCCAUCCUGGUCCUUGUACGCAGACACUUCUAAUACCUCCAUAAUAGUUCAGCGGCGACCCACUGCUUAAGCCCUGUUGCGAAUAACUUUAAUUUUUAAUGCGACUGAAGGUCGAGAGGAGAGCUUUCCUGCAAGCCUGCUGUUCCAUCUCGGAGGGAUGCUCUUUAAUAUGAGCCCCGGCUGGUUACCUAGGCAAUCGUCUUGGCAUCCCGUGGGGGAAAUAGAUUGUAGGAGGAGUUGUGAGUUCCUUCCCCUGCGAAUCUUCCCUGCUUCGACAUUUUUAAAGAGCAAAUGCAGGGAACGGGUGGAAUUGCACAUUGCCAUAAUGUGGGAAUGUUCAGACCUAGGUCUCGAGACCUGUGGGAAUGGCACUCCCUGGGUGAGCCGUUGGAGGGGGCAUGUUGCCCCGUCUGCUGGGGAGCUGCGUUGAAAGGCUUGGGGAGGCAACUGGGUGUGUGUUGGUUUAUUUCGUUAAAAGCUCUGCACCCUGCUCUCAGCCAGGAAGGCUCCCAGAGCAGCUUUGUUGUUGUUGUUGUUUAGUCAUUUAGUUGUGUCCGACUCUUCGUGACCCCAUGGACCAGAGCACGCCAGGCACCCCUGUCUUCCACUGCCUCCCACAGUUUGGUCAAAAUCAUGUUGGUAGCUUUGAGAACACUGUCCAACCAUCUCGUCCUCUGUCGUCCCCUUCUCCUUGUGCCCUCAAUCUUCCCCAACAUCAGGGUCUUUUCCAGGGAGUCUUCUCUUCUCAGGAGGUGGCCAAAGUCUUGGAGCCUCAGCUUCAGGACCUGUCCUUCCAGUGAGCACUCAGGGCUGAUUUCCUUCAGAAUGGAUAGGUUUGAUCUUCUUGCAGUCCAUGGGACUCUCAAGAGUCUCCUCCAGCACCAUAAUUCAAAAGCAUCAAUUCUCCGGCGAUCAGCCUUCUUUGUAGUCCAGCUCUCACUUCCACGCAUCGCUACUGGGAAAACCAUAGCUUUAACUAUACAGGACUUUGUUGGCAAGGUGGUGUCUCUGCUUUUUAAGAUGCUGUCUAGGUUUGUCAUUGUCAGAGCAGCUUACAAAUCAAUAAAAAAACAGUGCAGUUCCUGCCCUUGGGCUUAAAACAAUCCCAAAAGAUACGACACAAAAGGAAAAAAGGGAUGAGGAAGGGAGAGGAAAGCAAGCGAGUCCAAGUACCAAAGAUUAGAUGUUGUGAGAAAGGAGGCUAUCUUCGGGAGAAGAAAAGGCUAAGGAAUAAACUCUACGCAAAAACCAAAGUGGAGUCCCUAAGGCGGUUGGGUGGGGCCUUGUACGCCUCCUUCCGGCAACUUCUACAGCCAAGCUGGUGCCAAACAUUUUGCUCUGCCUUCCACAUCAGUGAGGCUGCGAGGGGGUCUUGUCAUCUGGGCAUCCCAGGUAAACGGCGUUUCCGUGCGCUCUGGUUUCCAUCACAGUGUCCCAUGCGCCAGAAGCAGUUUAGUCAUGCUGGCCACAUGACCUGGAAAGCUGUCUGUGGACAAACGCCGGCUCCUUCGGCCUGAAAGCGGAGAUGAGCGCUGCACCCCAUACAGUGGUGCCCCGCAAGACGAAUGCCUCGCAAGACAAAAAACUCGCUAGACGAAAGGGUUUUGCGGUUUUUGAGCUGCUUCGCAAGACGAAUUUCCCUAUGGGCUUGCUUUGCAAGACAAAAACGUCUUGCGUUUUUUGCAAGUUUGUUUCCUUUUUCUUAACACCGUUAAUACAGUUGCAACUUGACGUCGAGGAGCAACUCAUAGAACGCGGUGUGGUAGCCUUUUUUGAGGUUUUUGGCGAUUUUUGAAGCUUUUCCAAAACUUUUCCGACACCGUGCUUCGCAAGACGAAAAAUUCGCUAGACGAAAAACUCGUGGAAUGAAUUAAUUUCGUUUUGCGAGGCACCACUGUAGUUGCCUUUGACUGGACUUAACCAUUCAGGGGUCCUUUACCUUACCCAGGACCUCCAUACACACAGCCUGGCCUUGUGCCACGGGGCGGCCCCCUAUAUUUUUUACUAUAUUAGUGGCCAUGUGAUAAUUUUAGCUUAUAAACUUUAUUGUUUAAUGUCUUAAUUUGUAUAUUAAGGUACUUUUAUAGCUCUGUUUAGAGUACGUAAUGUCUUGAUAAUAUUGUAUCAGUCCAGUAUAUUUUCUUUUAAUCGUUGAAUGAUUCUGUGUACACUGCGGCAGCCUUUGGCUAUGUGCAAUAAAACUGACUGACUGACCCCUGGAGGCUCACUCCAUUGUCUCUUGAGAUCGAUGCCAACCCAACAAUUUAUCCGAAGCGUUCCUACCCUGCCUUUGAAUAUACCACUGCCCAGGGGGGCUGGCAACAUUAAACCGAUGCUGGGGUGGUCUGUGGGUUUUGUAUGAGGGGUGGGGAACCUCUGUAGAGUACAGAGUUGUUGGGGGAAAUCGAUGAGAAGCAAUGGCUUGAGGGAUGCCUCUUCUGUAUGAUGUUUGGGGUGGGAGGUUUAACAGGAACAUCAGCUGGGCAGAAGCCUAGCAGAAACUCCCAGAGCCACUGACUGAAAUCAUUUGUAAUCUCAUUUCAGCAUUGGAGCCACCAGACGUCCGGCUUUCGUAACCAGCCACCUCUUUCUUCCUUCUCGAUCCUGUGCAGAGAUGCCCAAGAGUCUUCUUGUGUGA